AUGGCGGUCAACGCCAAUGGCGGCGAGGUCGAGACGGAGAAGGUCAACACCCACAUCGUCACCCUCACACGGUUCCUCACGGAAGAGCAAGUAAAGCAUAAGGAGGCCACCGGAGACUUUACGCUCCUCUGCCAUGCGCUGCAGUUCGCGUUCAAGUCGAUCGCCUACUACAUCCGGCGGGCUACGCUAGUCAACCUGACGGGGCUGGCGGGGUCAUCCAACACGACGGGCGACGAGCAGAAGAAGCUCGACGUCAUCUCAAACGACCUGUUCAUUGAGGCGAUGCGGUCAAGCGGAAAAUGCGCACUCCUGGUGUCGGAGGAGGAGGAGAACGUCGUCUUCUUCAAGGACAGCAAGAACGCGCGCUACGCCGUGGCGUGCGAUCCCAUCGACGGCAGCUCCAACUUGGACGCGGGCGUCUCAGUAGGCACCAUCUUUGGCAUCCACAAACUUGCCGAAGGGUCGACGGGCACAAAAGAGGACAUUCUCAAGCCCGGGACGGAGCUGGUGGCCGCGGGCUUCACCAUGUACGGAGCGUCGGCGCAGCUCGUCAUUACGAUGCGCGGUGGCACCGUCAACGGCUUCACGCUCGACAACGGUAUCGGCGAGUUCAUCCUGACCCAUCCCAACAUGAAAAUGCCCAGGAAGCGCGCCAUCUACUCGGUUAACGAGGGCAACUCGCUUUACUGGGAAGACCACGUCAAGGCCUACUUUAACUCGCUCAAGGAGGCCCCCGAAGGCGGUAAGCCCUACAGCGCCCGCUACAUUGGCAGCAUGGUCGCCGAUGCCUACCGGACGCUGCUGUACGGCGGCAUCUUUGCCUAUCCGGCCGAUAAGAAAAGCCCCAAGGGCAAGCUGCGCAUCCUGUAUGAGUGCGCCCCAAUGGCCAUGGUAUUCGAGAAUGCCGGUGGCCAAGCUGUCGACAGCAAGAUGAGGAGGAUGCUGGAGGUCGUGCCCGAGCACAUCCACGACAAGUCGGGCAUAUUCAUGGGCAGUUAUGACGAAGUCGAGAAGGUCAAGGCAUUCCACAAGUGA